GUAUAAUUGGCCAAUGUAACGUUGAGCGCAAGUAAAAAAGAGGCCUUGUGUGCUUCGACUAUGUAAACCUUUGGCUGUGUAAUGGUUGUGUUUGCUUUUGGUGUGGCUGACGCUGUGACGUUGGGCUCCAUUACGUUAGCAUUAUCAAUGCGGCGUCACUCUGGAGAGCGAUAUGGGACACCGCUGUGACAGCCUCCUCAGGUUAGCGUGGCUAACGUCUUUUAUUAUGCAGCACUUGGAUAUGUUGCAGGCUGCUCAGUGUUCAGAGCUUUUUGCUUUCAUACGCUGUAUAUAGAAUUACUUCAUAAUAAAUUACUGAUGUUUUUAAUAACAAUAACAAAUAUGCACAAACGUGGCUGGACAUGCUUCCUGCCUGGCCCAUUCCUUUUUUUUUUUUUUUUUUUUUUGAAAUAUUAGAUCUUCAGAGCGAUACUUUUGGCUUAACAUACUCUGCACUUGCACCAUAAAUCCUCCUACUCCCUCCAAAUCUCCCUCCCACUUCCAAUUCCCCAAAAAUUGGACAUUGUUUUGGUGAAAUAAUUUGUCUAGCAUGUCUCUAUUUGAGAACUUUACAGCUUUGCACAGCUCUUCUGUGGUCAAACAUCUACAUUUUGCUGUAGAGUUACAAAAGUGCUUAUUUAAAAAGCAAUGAAAGGUUUCAAAGCUAUCUGAGUUUCCUUGCAUGAUCAAGUAAGUGAACACAAGACAGCAUGAAGGACAGGAGGAGGGGACGAUGGAGGAAUGGAGAAACAUAAGCUGAUGGAGACAUGCAAGAGGAGGGAGGGAAUAGGGCUGAAGGAUAUUUAAGACCUGGAGAUGUGCUCUCUAUUCAUCCGUUUUGUUGCAUCUUUCUAACGGCCUGCAUCUCUGACUCUUUGGCAUAGACAAAAGACACUCUUCAGCAGCUCUCAGGUAAGAUGAAAUAAUCGGCAAAUGUAAAGUUUCUUUUCCAGAUUUGAUCUGAUGGCUGCUGAUCGGACUUGUGGAAAUUAAUAGCAUCUCAUUUUGCUAAUCAUAAUUGUACAGUUUGAUAUACCAAAGUCUAAUUGAAAACACUUAUGUUUGGGAUGUUUAGCAUUUUGCAUUCAUCUAAAGGUCUUUUUUCACACAUGCUUCGUAUCUAUAACAUUUUCCACCCAUAUUAAUUGGAUGCGUCCUUAUUUCCUACAGUUUGCCAAACAGAAAGACUCAUUUACAAUGUUGCUCUUACAAGGUCACUUAGUUUUUGUUUUCAUCCGUGUCAUGAUUGCUGUGGCUUCUCAUUGUGAUUCUUCAUCCUACAGAUGUUCGCCUUGCUAAUGAAUUUGCCUUCAAACCUAUAUUCUUCCAGAAAAGUGCCAUAUUCUGCGUUCUUGCUUGGAUUCCCUGACUGGAUGAUGCGCCAUACAGUAGUUCUGCUUUAGCUCGGCAAGCCUGGAGACAGAAGAACCAAGAUGCCACGCUCAAACUGUGAUGUCAUGGCUAAAGAACCUAGCACGAACCUGGAGAGCGCCAUGCAGAUGCUCAUCAAGACUUUUCAUAAGUACUCAGGGAAAGAAGGGGACAAGUACACACUCAGCCGAGGCGAGUUAAGAGAACUGCUGACAGAGGAGUUGGGGAACUAUCUAGGGAACGCACAAGACAAGGAUGCCGUGGAGCGAGUGAUGAAUGACCUGGAUUCCAAUAAUGAUGGUGAGGUGGACUUCACUGAGUUCAUUAUCCUGAUGGGGGCCCUCACCGUGGCCUGCAAUGACUUCUUCCUUGACAGCCCUGCACCCAAGAACAAGCCUGAGGCAAAGUCAGAAGGAGAGAAAAAAGAGUAAUGACGAGGGCAUGUAAAUGAGAGCAAUGUAUCGGGUGGUUUCUUUAAGCAGUGGCGGUCUGAGAAGGGACCUGUCUGUUUUGUGUUAUUCAUUACUUGAAAUUUCCAGUUAUAUUGCUUGUCAUCACUCUGUGCCCUAAACAUAUUCAAUCAUUAAACAUAUUUGCCCAACCCGAAUCUAAUUCCCCAGGUAAGCAGAUAAGCAACAAUGCAGCUGUAGAGGUGAAGUGCAUCUGGUACCCUGAUGAUUUAUUAUUAAAACCUUCCUGAAAUUCACAUGAGGAUGUGGACCAGAUGGGGUUAGGGUUAGGCCGAAGUGCGGGGUUAACCUGAUUUGUAACACACACACACACACACACAUACACACACACACACACACACACACACACACACACACACAUAUUAAGAACAGCGCCACCAGUGUUGAACAUUUCAGUUCUUUUCAAGGCUCCUAUUUUGUAGCCUGUUUUGUUAAAUGUUGAUAUGUAUCUGUAUCAUUACAAUAAACA